UCUGCCCCAUUUAUUAGACAAGGCUGAAAAAACUGGUCGGAAAGAAAAAUUACGAUGGUAUUACUAUAGCGAGGAAUACGAAAAAAAGGUUGUAACCCUUAGAUCCGAAAAUAAUAUUAGUGAUCAAAUGGCAAGAACGCAGGUUUAUGAUGAAAUGGAGCUGUAUCUCCCCGGUAAAAAGAGAGAGUAUUUGCGUAAGAUGACACAAAAGGCUAAAAACAUCUAUACCCUGUUUAAGGGAAUAGGAAUAGAUAAAAUUGGAGUAGUUACAUCUAGCGCUGAUGCGAUCUCUAGACUAACUGAUGCGCAAAUCCUGAAUAUAAUAAAUCUUUAUACUGAAGAAACUGACCAAAUUUCAAAAAUUGAUCUGCGUGAACAAUUGUUCACGCGCACGUGA